UUGUGGUCAACUUGAAGAUCAACAGGUGUUGACUGAAAUAGUUAACUUGAAUGCUGUAACUGUUAACACUUAACACAAGUAGGAGGUCGUGAGUUCAAGUGCUAUGGAUGUUUCGAUUAUCACAAUUUUACGAGAUGAACUCUUACUCAACCUAAUGUAUGAAUGUCAUCCUUCGUUGUCUUCUCACACUGGAUCUCAACCCAUCUCUCAACUGGUCCAUGAAAAUUGUGGGAUCUUUCAUGUGACCCGAGAUUUACCAGUCAGUUUAGGUUCCAUAUUACCAAAAAAAAAAAAAAAAGUGGUCAACUUGAAGCCAUCCUUCUCUUGAAGCGACUAUGAAUGUUGACUUGCCUUCUACAACUCUUGGGCAGAAACUAGGCCAUGUUGAACUUGUGUUAGUUCCAACCAUACAAUAUGGGCGGCCGAAGCCCAAAGCACUUUGGAUCUUGCGUUCAAAAUUCAUCCCCUAAGGAAACACUAAAUAGAUGUUUCAAAUGCCCAAUCCGCAAAACCUCCCUCUCUCUCUUUCCAAAAAAACUCUACUAUCACAUUCCAUGCCUUACUGGGUAAAUAUAAAAUUCCACUGGCCUAAUCAAUGAUCAGGGCACAGUAGGCUGCUCCUCCAUGGCUAUGAUUCUCGAUUGCAUCCUUGAAUUCCCAGAGCUCCUAUUCAUCUCCCACCGUUUAUCAUCUAUACCACUUGCAGGCAUGGUGAUUCUUUACCUAAUAUACACAAGAAAAGUCACCAUUUACCUGGUUGACUUUGCUUGUUACAGACCACCCAAAUCUACAAGAGUUCCCAUGUCCAUGUUCAUAGAACACAUUACUCUUCACAGAACGAUCGACACUGAAAGUGUCGCGUUCCAACAUAAAAUCCUAGAGAAAUCGGGGCUUGGUGAAGAAACCUGCAUUCAUCCUUCUCUCACUCAAUUACCCAUAAAGAAAUCAUUCUCCUUUGCCAUGGAAGAAGCUGCAACAGUAAUGUUUUCUGCCAUCAAAGACUUGUUAGUGAAAAACAAAGUCAAUCCAAAAUCCAUAGAUAUACUGAUAUCAAAUAGCAGUACAUUUUCUCCAACGCCAUCACUCACUGCAAUGGUGGUUAAUAAAUUCAGAAUGAGAAGCAAUAUAAAGAGCUUUAAUCUAUCCGGCAUGGGCUGCAGUGCUGGUGUUGUCUCAGUAAGCUUAGCUAAUGACUUGUUGAGAGUCCACAACAACUCCUUGGCUCUAAUUGUGAGCACUGAAACACUACACCUAAAUUGGUACACCGGUAAGAACCCGUCCAUGAUGAUAGGCAAUUGUCUUUUCCGAUCAGGGGGCGCAGCGAUGUUAAUUUCUAGUCGAGGCCAGGACAAGACGAACUCCAAGUACGAGCUACAACAUAUCGUUCGGACUAACAAAGCUCACGACGAUCAAUCUCACACUUGUGUGUUUCAGGAUGCAGACUCAGAGAACAACAUUGCAGUAUCAAUAUCAAAAAACAUACUGAGUGUGGCAGGAGAAGCACUGAGGAUCAAUAUUGCUUCACUGGGACCUUUGAUUUUACCAGUUUCAGAACAGCUACUAUACAUAAUGUCUAUAGUCUUCAAGAAGGUAAGGAUUCUAAGAUGGAAAGGAUUUUACAUGCCAAAAUUCAAGAGGGCUUGUGAGCACUUCUGCAUUCAUGCGGGAGGGAAAGCUGUUAUUCAAGCAAUCGAAAGAAACCUACAGUUGAGUAAAGAGGAUGUUGAAGCUUCUAAUAUGACUCUCUACAGAUUCGGGAACACUUCAUCCUCAUCGAUUUGGUAUGAACUCUGUUACAUUGAAUCCAAAGGAAGGAUGAAAAGAGGCAACAGAGUUUGGCAGCUCGCCUUUGGAAGUGGCUUCAAAUGUAAUAGUGCCGUAUGGAGAUGUGUCAAUGAUGUGAAACCAGAUGAAGCAAGUGUAUGGAGAGACGAAAUCCACAAAUAUCCAGUAGUACAUGAUACAGUUGAAAUAAUUUGAAGUCUUUGUAACCAUUACAGCAGACACCAGAUUAAUCAGAAAGAUAAUCAUGCUAGUAGCACGAACCUCAACUUUUUUUUACGAGAGAACCCGCCGAAAGCACAGCCCAUUGGACAAAUGCCAAAUCACACCAAAGUGGAUGUUAGAACCUACGAUCUCCGACGGUUCAAACAACUAACUUAACCACCAUCUGAACCAAUGAUUUUUUGUUCACUCGUAAAUAGCUAGUGUACAAAAAUCAGACGGCAAUCUUGUUCAAUGCAUAAAUUUUCCAAAAUAAGAGGAAAACACUUGGAUUUCAUUGCAGCACUCAAGAAUCAUUGGCUCAAUUGAAAAAUGACAACACCCAGAAAUUGAAUAAGAGAAUAAUCAUAACAGGCAUAGCAAAGAUUCAGCACAAAGAAGAGAAGAUCUCACACGAAAUUUCAAAACUUGCCAACAAAAGAUUCAAUCAUAUAAGAAAACAACUGAUAAAACAGGGGACAAUGUUCUUCGGGUCGUCUUACUUAACGGUACUGACACAAAAGGCCUUUUCGACUUAGACUUUCUUAUAAACCCACACCACUUGGCUUCGAUGUGGGAUAUCUAACAGGUUCGAUGAAUAAAUUUUCCAGAAUGCGAGAGGAAAACACUUUUAGAUUUCUAUUGCAGCACUCAAGAAUCAUUGGCUCAAUUAAAAAUGGCAACACCCAGAAAUUGAAUAAGAAAAUAAUCAUAACCAAGCAUAGCAUAACAAGGAUUCAGCACAAAGAAGAGAAGAUCUCAUAAGAAAUUUCAAAACUUGCACACAAAAGAUUCCAUCAUAUAAGAAAACAACUGACAAAACAGGGGACUCGAGAGAAAUCAAUACUGAAUUGGAAUGUCUAAUCUUCUCCUCGCCUUCAUUCUCAGCAAUGUUGAAGUAUCUGAGCUCGUAACCAUUGUGGUCUUUGUUAGAUGCAAUCACGCGAAGCCAAUCCCUCGCGUCAUGACCAUGGGGUGAAGAAGAAUGACACUGUUUAUACUUCUCAUCGGAGAUCGAUGGGAGAUUAGUGGGCCUUCAAAGCCUUAGCAACUGGAA